UUGUAGUCCAGUGCGCUCAGAGUUGUAGUCCAGUGCACUCACUGUCCUCACCAUGGACUGGCUGCUCCACCUCCUGCUGGUCGUCUUUCUUGCUCAAAGAGCUUUGACCAUGACGGCACCACAACCACCCCACCCUCAGUUGAGGGUUUUCCUCACAGAUGGCAAAUUCGUCGGUGUGACCCUAUCCGAGAGAACAGGCUGUGUCGGUGAUCUCCAGAUAAAACCUCCUAGCAGAGUUUCCUCCACGGCAAAGCUCACCAAGCUACGGGAAAUGAUGGUGUCAAAGAAUAUAUCAGCAUAUAUUAUACCGAAUUCUGACGAUCAUCAGAGUGAGUUUGUCAGUUUACCUGACCGGAGGAGGGAGUACAUGACAGGGUUCAGCGGCAGUAACGGGGAUGCAGUGGUGACUCUGAAUUCGGCUGCACUGUGGACUGAUAGCCGAUACUACCUCCAGGCCGACGAGCAGAUGGACUGUAACUGGCUCCUGAUGAAGAGUGGGGACAGAGCUGUCCCAUCUAUUCCAGAAUGGCUCUCUACUGAAUUGAAACCUGGCAACGUGUCUGUGGAUAGCAAAAAAGUGACUUUCAGUGAGUGGAAAAUGUAUCAAGACUACCUUGCCAAAUUCCAGAUAUAUGUACUACCAUCAGUUGAAAAUCUGGUUGAUAAUAUCUGGGAAAACCGACCAUCCUACCCUCCUGAGCCACUGAGAGUACACGAAGAAAGAUUUACAGGCGAGAGUUGGCAAAGCAAGUUGGCAAGACUACGACAGAAGAUGAGCUACGUGGGUGCAGACAUGAUCGUGUUGUCAGCCCUGGAUGAGAUUGCUUGGUUGCUCAACCUGCGUGGUGGGGACAUUCCUUACACACCAGUGUUCCGCUCUUACUUCAUUGCUGGACCCAACUGGGCCACUCUCUACUUACCUCCGGAGAAGGUCACACCUGCCAUCAGGAGUCACCUGUACUCGCCUACUGAUGCUGUUACUAUAAUGUACUAUGACUGGAUCUGGUAUGAAUUGGCAGAGAAAUCCAAGAAAGCCACGAGGGUGUUGGUGCCGAGUAGUAUCAGCUACUCUAAAGGUGCGAGCUUUCUAGUUCAGCAGCUGGUGCCUCCUGAAAAACUGGUAUCAGUGCCUUCCCCAGUGAUAAAUAUGAAAGCAUACAAGAACAGUGUGGAAGCUGAAGGCAUGAGGAAUGCUCACAUCCGAGACGCUGUGGCUUUGUGUCAACUCUGGAGUGAUCUGGAGGAGGGGGUGAGUCAGAUUAUUGAUAGUAGACUGUAA